UCUAAGGGUUUCUCACAAUUUUCGGCGAAAGGACAGAUGGAAAGGCGGCGAGCACCGUUUCUCAGAGGCCCCAAUAAAAUGAGAGAGGAAAAUAUUUUCAUUUUUACCUUGCCAAAUGGAUAGUACAUUUUCUUCUUUUUUAAAUAUUUUUUAUUCGAUUUCGCGCCCCUUAACUACUCCACCAGAACAACCAACUUAAAGUAUCAAAAAAUCGAACAGGGAUCGCAUGAUCCCUACACAAUUUCCUAAGCAACCGUAAACAAUAAACAAAAACAUAACCUAAAUGAUGAAUAUCUGACUUUAUGCUUCACACCGUUUUAUCACAAUGCGGCAAAAUGCUAAUUGUAUUAACAAACAACACCACAAUAAAUAUUUUUCAAUAUUUGUACAUAGUUGUUUUUCAUUUUUAAUAUAAUGUAAUAUAAGAAAUUUUUUGAACUUUACAAGGGAGACAGAAACAGAGGUACUAAAAUGGACUCUACUGGCAGUAUAACAGGUGGCACAGAAGACCGUGUAAGCGAUGAAGAUCUCUCACCUGAUGUAUUGGUCAGACAAAAUUAUGAACUACGCCAUAGACUUGAAGAAGAAACAACAAACUAUAAAAGACGUUUGGAUACUUAUCGCCAAGCACAGCAACACCAGGCUGCUCUUGUUUCCCGUUUACAAGCUAAAGUUUUACAGUAUAAGCAAAGAUGUUCAGAACUUGAAAAUCAAAUGGCUGAAUCUGUUACAUAUGACACUAACAAAAUUUCAAGCUCUAUACCCCCUGCAAACUCUGCUCUAGAUGCAGCUCAACAGACACUGAGGGAAAUACGUGAAGAACAAAUUCAUGAUUUAGAUACUGCUUUAAGAAAACUUGCAGAUGAACGUAGAAGGUGUGAAAAAUUAUUACAAUUAAACACAACUUUGAAGGAUCAGUUAGAAGAAUCUCAUCAUACAAAUGAAGCACUUACAAACGAUCUGCAGAAACUAAGUAACGAUUGGGAUAUUCUGAGAGAAGAACUGGCUGUAAAAGAAGAAGAAUGGAGAGAAGAGGAACAGGCUUUUAAUGAAUAUUAUACUUCUGAGCACAACAGGCUAUUAAAUCUUUGGCGCGAUGUUGUUUCCGUAAAACGAUUAUUUGCAGAGAUAAAAUCAAAUACAGAAAGAGAUCUAUUGAAGAUGAAAAACAGUAUCAUUUCAACCUUUAACGAAGUUUCAUCGGCUUGUAACAAUACAGGAUUCGCUAUGCGAAUGCAUGCGGCUAUGCAACCAGUGAUAUCGCAGCACAUUCAACAAGCACAAGAGCAGGAGGUAAAUGAAUUAAGAACAGAAUUAACAGCAGUUAAGCAGCGGUACGAUAUUGCUCAAAACGAGAUUCGCGCAAAAGAAGAAAGAAUUAAUCAACUUGUUCGCGACGUUCAUAAUUUGGAAGAAAAGUUUGGGGAUGCAGAAGCAGAAAUGCAUCGCAAUGUGCGCAUACAAGACGACAUUGAAAUUCUUCAAUCUGCAUUAAAAGAUAUAGCGCAUAUUGUGAUCCAAGAUGCUGAAAGUCAGGAUAUUGAAAAUACUCAACCGCCUCCUCAUCUUCAUUUAUCCCCCACUGGGCCAAUCCCUCAAAAAUCACCGAAAAGAGGUACAAGAAGCAACACCAUUCCAGCUUUUGCUGAAAGUACUAUCAGUGCUGUACAAUCAGCUCUACACAAAUAUCAGUUAACUAUACACGAGCUUCAGGUUAAAUUGCAAACGAACAAAGAGCAAUUGCUAACGAGUCGCAAACAGUGCGAGAACGCGGAAGAAAAUGUUAAAAGUUUAGAGAAAAAAGUAGAGGAAUUGGUCACUGAAUUGGACGCGACGAGAUCACAAUGUUCGCAGCUUGUUCAAGAGAAAGACAUGUUACAGAAAGGUCUUGAUAUUGUAAGAUUAGAGAAAAAUGCACUGGAUAAAAGUAGAGUGGAAAUUAACAGCAUGAUGGAGAACUUAAACAGCGAUUGUGAGAAGUUACAAAAAGCUAACAACAGAUUGCAAAAGCUAUGUGAUAAUCUGGAAGAUGAAAAAUUAUAUCUUCAAAAUGAAGUCAAUAGAUUAUCCAAGGACAUUGAAUUAAGAGAAUUAAAUCUUCGAUCGGAAGAAGACAGAUGCAGCAAAAUGAGAGAAGAAUUAUUAACUUUACGCGAAGAAUUGAAUAAAGCAUAUCUUGCAAAAGAUAUGCUCGAGCAGCAAAAAUUAGAAACUGAUGGAUUAAUUUCGCAAAUUGAAAAAAAUAAGGGCGACUUGGAAUUGGAAUUGGAACGAGUAUUGUUAGAAAAAUCAGAUAUGCAAGAAGUUUUAAUGAAAUUAGAGACCGUCUGCAGCAACCACGAGCAAGAAAAGCAACGACUGGAAGAAGAACUAAAAAAAGUAACAGAAGAAAAAAAUAAAUUGGCAAGUCAAUGCACUGAUCAGCAAGGUGAUUUGGGUUCGUUGAGAAAAGAAUUACUUCAAGCAGAACAAACUAGGCUCGAUUUAGAAUCAGAAAAAGUAACAUUGAACGAGAAAGUGAAGUUCCUGGAAAUUGAAAAAGAAAAGAUCGAAAUGGAAUUAGCACAAGUUACGCGCGAGCGUGGGGAUUUGAGUAAUCAAUUAUCAGUUUUAGCACGAAAGAAGGAAACGUUGAACGAGGAAUUAAUGAGACUUAGGCAAAGAUUAGAACAGGCGAAUGAAAUGAAUGGAAGAAUCAAUCGAAAUUUGGAAGAUCUUGUAAAAGACAACGAAGAGAAACAAGUACUUUUAGAAACUAAUGAAAAAGAAGUUCAGAGAUUACAGGAACAGCUUGCAUCAAUGCGUAGCGAAAAAGAAACCUUGGAAGGUGUCUUAUUCGACACGCAAAGCAAUUUAGAAAAUAUGCACGUGAAGAAAACACAAUUAGAAAAAGAACAGAAGGAAUUGUUGAUAAAGCAAGAAAAUUUGAAAGGUCAAGUGGAAAGGCUGGUGAAGGAGUUGGAAAACAGUGAGAAACGGGCACAGGAAGUGAAACAAGCUUUAACUCAACAAAGUGGCGAUCAAGAAGCUGAAUUUCAUCAAAUCAUUUCUAACAUGAAGAAGCAUAGCGAAGAGAGUAUUAAAAAAUUGAACGAUGAAAAAGAACAGAUAAAAAUGGGUUUGGAAAAGCGACUUCAACAAUCUCUGUUACAACUUGGAGAAGAGAAAGAUAAUGAAAUAAAUCAGCUGCACCAAAAGAUUGAUGAAAUGCAACAGCAUAUGGAAAAUCUGUGCCAGCAACAUGAAGAGGUUCUUCUUAGAGCAGAAAAUGAUAAACAGCAAGCUCUUCUUAUAGCUCAUCACGAUCAACAAGCGUUAGUGGAAAAACUCGAAGGAGUAUUGCGUGAAAUGGAAGAGGAAAAAAGUAACGUAGAACGAGUUAAAAGGGAAGCCGCAUCGCGUGCCGAACAAGAGCGUAACAAUACAAAUCAGUUGCGCGACGAGUUGAGCCGUCUUAAGACAAAAUUAGACGAAGCCAAGUUAAAAGCCGACGAAGAGAAGAUCAAACUCGAGUUAAAAGUUGAAGAGUUAUGGAAAGAACGAGAAUCAGCGCAAAGGGAAUCCGAAGAGUUGCAAGUUCAAUUGCACAUGACUGAAGACAGAGUUGAUAGUUUGCAAAAUCAAUUACAGGAAACGAUUAGAAAGCUUAAAGAUGCUGAAAAUCUAAAUGAAACCUUACGGAAAGAAUUAAUGGAUGUCAGAAGACAAUUGGGUGAUUCCACGUAUGAGAAAGAAAAAUACAACAGCAGUAACAAAGAGCUACGCGAACAUGUGAAACGUAUUGAGAGUGAGAAAAGAGAACAGAACAGAACGUUGGAAGAAGCUUAUCAAAAGAUUGCAGCAUUGGAAGAUACGAAAGUAAAUAUAGAUGCGGAGAGAUCUCGCCUUCAAACGCAGCUUCGCGACGUGGAAAGAGAAAUGUUACAACUUCAGAAACAGCUUCGUUUUACCCAGGAUGAGUUACAAAAAUCUCAUAACAGUAACGCACAAGCGCAGAAUGAUGAAAAGGAAUUGCAUGCUCGAUUGACGAACGAAACCGAAGAAAGGGAACGUUUGCAACUCCAGUUGCAUCAAUUGAAGAAGCAGUUAGUAGACGUGGAUAAUAGUUUGAAAGUAACCAGACAAGAACUGGGAAGAUUACGUUCACGUUCUGACGAAGAGAACGAAAGGUGGAGAACCAGGGAACAAGAGCUGGUGGUUCGACUCGAAGACAGUCGAUGUCGCGAAAGAAAAUUGGAGGAUCAAAAGCACAAUCUGGAAGUUUGUCUGGCUGAUGCUUCUCAACAAAUUCAAGAACUCAAAGCACGUCUUGGAGGAUCCGAGGGACGGGUUCGAGCUUUAGAUGCACAGUUAUCGCAAUUAGAAAUGGCGAAGAAGGAGGUGGAGCAAAAAUUGAGUAGCGUAGGCUCUACUUUACGUCGUAUCGCGGGUAUUCAAAUGGAUGGUAGCGUUAAUAUACCUUUUAAAGUAAUGAGCCCUUCGAGAAGAUGGAGUCCAGCGAGGGUGCAAGAUCAUAUUGACUCCAGUAGAGAUAUGAUACUUGACGUUGAUCCAGAAGUUAUCAGAAAGGGUGUACGUUCUCUAAUGCAACAAGUAGCUCAAAUUGAACGUGAAAGGGAUGAUUACAAAACAGAAUUGUGUAAUUUGCAAAAGCAAUUGGCAGAGACUCAGGAAGUACAAAACAGAUCAGAUGCUCAAAUAAAUCAUUUACUAACGAACAUAAGAAUGUUGCAAGAUGAAAAGAACUCGUUGGAAGUGAAACUUUCGCAGAAACAGAGCGGUUACGAAAUGCAGUUAAACGCUUUGCAACAAAAAACGGAGGAGUGUGAACAGUUGCGUGAAAAAAUGACGAAUCUUGAAUUGAUGAUUAACAGUAGUUCUGAAGAAAAGUCACAAUAUGAGGACAAGCUGGACAAACUGAAGCAAGCCUUGAAUAAAGUAGAAAAUGAAAAACGUAAUCUACAAGAGGAGCUGAGUAGAAGUGAAUCCCGCGCUACAAAGUUAGAAUUGCAAAGGAUGUCAUUAGAAGGUGAUCUUCAAAGAUUGCAAAUGAUGUACCAAGAAAAGGAAGCAAAUGUUCAGAAGCUGCAAGAACGCAAUGACAUUCAAAAUCGAGCCAUGGCAAGUUUAGAAGAACGUUGUGCUUCAUUGAAGUCUACAACAGAACAGCUAAAUCUUGCGCUGGAGAAAGCAUCUAAUACGGAGAGCGAAUUGAAAAAUGAAAUUAAUUCAUUCCAACACCAUGUUAUGGAAUUAACAGCUUCCUUACAGACUUCUAAUGAAAAGACCAAACAGUUACAGAAACAACUUUCGAAUGCUGAAAACGAACGCAGAGUUCUAUCAGAACGCGCGGAAUCUCUGCAACAGUCUUUAAGCGAUUUAAAACAUACAAAUCAAACGUUAACAGAUCAAAUCACUCGUCUGCAGAAUGAAUUGGCGAAUAACGAAGUACAACGCUGUGCCUUAGAAUCUCAACUGAGACUAGUUGCUUAUCCACAAGAAGAAAGUACGAACAGAGAUGAAGAAUUGUUGAGACAGUUGCAAACAGCUCAGAGGGAGAGAAGUGAGAUAAGAGGAAAGGCAGAAGCUCUAAAUGAGAAGGUGAAAUUAUUGGAAGCUGAUAAACGUAACUUAGAACGCCAGUUAUCUUUGUAUAAAUCAACCAGUCGUAGUAAAAGUUACGAACGUCCUGAAAAAGCACACGCUGAAUUGCUGGGUACAAGUUUUGAUUUUGAUCACUUUGAACAAGAGAACAGAGAAUUGAGAUUAAAAGUGCGCAGAUUGGAGACUCAACUUGCAGAAAAGGAAGCUGAACUUAUAAGAGUGAAAUCGAGUUACGUACACACGCAUUCGAUAUACGAUUACAGCCGAGACAGAAUGGGAGAAAUAGAAAGACUUAGAGCGGCUCAAUUGCAAGCAGAAAAAUUGUUGGAGGCAAGGGAGCAAAGCCAUCGUCAACAGGUGUUACGUCUGGAAAAUCAGAUACAAUUGUUACGCGAACAACUGAACCAAGAAAUAAAACGUCGACAAUUGUACGUGCUGAGAAGUUCAAGAGCUGGUCGUGAAAUGCAACAAUUGAGACAAGCUUUGGGUGACUCUUUGAGAACAGUGUCGCAAGAUCCAUCAUUAGAUGCAGUAUUGUUAGAACACGAAGCUAGAAAAUUGGAUUCCACACUGACAAGUACUACCAGUUUACCCCCGUCAUUAGCUGUACCUCCAUCAUCAUCUUACGAUAGAUCUUCCACGCCAGCACAGCUCAAAUGAAUUCCAACACUGUUUCAGACUGAAUCGGAUAAGAAAACUGCCAACAUGCGUUCAGAUAUUUACACGAAGAAUAGUAUAUAAUAAUUCUUCCAUAUAUGGGAACAUGAUUUGACAUAUCUCAUACUAGUCACAAAUGCAUUUAAAAUUAUUACCAUAGAUCAUUCAAAGAUUAGGCCAUUUUGAUAAUAGUAUUAUACAUUUUUUAUACAUUUUUUAGAAUCAAUCAACUGCAGACUUAUUCAGUAUUUAAAAAUUUAAUAUCUAUACCAUCUCAUGGAAAAGCUCUUCCUUUUUUGUUUUAUAUAUGUUUACAUACUAUGCUAUUUCUAUCAUCUAUAACGUUUGAAAAAUUUUUAGAAUGAAAUUUCGCAAUAUCGUACUUAGACCCAAUCCGUCCAUGUAAGUUAGAAUAAUUUUAAUCUUUUACUAUAGAUUUUAAAACUAAGUUAUUAAUUAAGUUUUGUGUUCUGAUUAUCAAGCGUAUGCUUAUGAUCCGUAUAAUGGAAAGCACUUUGGCAAGAAUAAUGCUAUCUCUAGUCUCGUCUUGAGACCAUAGAGAAUCACCAAACAAAAGCAUUGUAGGGAUAUGCUUCUGAUUAUUUGAUAGAUGAGUCACUGAAGUCUAGCACAGCAUAGAAUGUAGAGAACGGUAUACUGUUAUAAGAAAGUACCAAAGAUAACACACAGUUGGCAAACAGUGGAUUGUGUCUAUUCUUUAUUAUUAAGAAUAUAGACAUCUAAUCCAGUCAAAAUACAUAGCUGGCUCGGUUGAGCUGUCCUGUUUGCGGAUCAUAGAAAACUGAAGUGUCUUGAAAUCAUUAUUUAUUACAUAUUAUAUAAAAAUGAAACAUUUGACUAUGUUUGCAUGUUAGCAAUAAAUCUUGAAUUGUUUAAUA